UCCAGAGAUUUGCGUGGAUUUGAACACCACGUGAACCGCUUUUGAACUUUCAAGACCUUUGCUUUGAACUUGAUCCGGAAAUCGUGAUUCAUUCUCUAGUUCCGCCCGCCUUUCUGGAAAAAGCGUCGAUUUGGCAGAAUCCUCGUUUAUUUUUUUCUAUGUUCGAACUCCAAUCAAAUACAUUUGCUACAUACUUUUUAAGUAUUUAAAAAUGUAAAUUUGGAAUAAUAAUUCAAGAAGAUCCAGCAGAAAAAACGUUAUUCGUAUUUAGCACACAGUAUUUCAGUCAUCAUCUACUUGACACGCUUGAAUAACGCGCGCUUGUGAAUCAUCAUGACGUCGUAAAUCGAUCUGUGGUCAAAAGUGGUCAAAAUACUUUAACUUCAGAUGGAUGAAGGGAAACAGCAGGGAAGUGGAAAGUGAAGUUUUUACCACGUGUGUUUUCAGAAUUUCUAUCAGUAAACAGUUAUUAAAAAGAAAUAAGUUAUGUGUGAAAUAAAAACUAGUGGUUUCUACUCCUUCAGAUUUAAUUGUAACUGUUCUAAAGACUUUUAAUUUUGUAGAUGUUAGCAAGGUUCCACGAAAGGAUAACCUACAAUUUUUUACGUCACAUGUAAGAUGAAAACCAUUGCUGAAUAUUUGACACCAUCCACAAAUAAAAAAUGGUACGAGGAGUUCCCAAAGGCACAAGCAAUAUGUACUCAUUCAAAGUCGGAAGUCACAGUCAUGGAUUUAAAAGCCGAAGCAAAAACACAUCUCGAAGCAGAGACAAACGCCUUUCAAUUAAAACAAUCAAAAUCCAAAAAUUCAGAAUACGGUUGGCUCAAAACUGCCUUAUCUCAAGGAACAAGUUCCGAUAAAGUAGCAGCCAGCGUCGUUUUAAUACAAGACAGUCCUAAACAUAAUCUCACAAGAUUAACAUCACUCGUCGGUCAAGUACGAGCAGCCAAGCAAAAUCAAUGUGGUAUGAUUGUCGCAGCUCUUCGAGAUCUCUUCCUCACCGAUUUGCUUCAUCCGAAAUUCAAACUUCUAAAAUUCGAAGAGCAAGAUUUAGACAAACUCGACAAAUUAGGGGUUUCAAAAAAUGCAGAAAAAAGCACUCCAUUCAUUUCCAAAAACAAACUACUUGCUCAUUGGUAUUUUGAAGAUCAACUCCGAGAAAUAUACGAAAAAUUUGUUGUUUGCCUGUCGCAAAUCGCAUCCAACACUGUCGAUUCAAAUCGAGAAAAGGCAGUUGCAAUUAUGAAUGAUCUUUUGAUGGGAAAUUCAGAACAGGAACACAAAUUGCUGGAUUUUCUCGUGAACAAAAUCGGUGAUCCGAGUAGUAAAGUUGCCUCAAAGGUGAUUUUCUGUUUGAAUAAAUUACUGUUCGAGCACUCUAAUAUGAAAGUCGUGGUUCUUCGUGAAGUGGAGAAACUUUUGUUUAGGAAUAAUGUAGCUCCAAGAGCUCAAUAUUAUGCAAUUUGUUUGCUAACGCAAUUUGUGCUGGACCGAGAUGAUGUUGAGACUGCGAAUUCUCUGAUUGACGUUUAUUUUGCAUUCUUCAAAGCUAGUUUGAAGAAAGGAGAACCUGAUAGUAGAAUGAUGGCGGCGAUUUUGACUGGCGUUAAUCGGGCUUAUCGAUUCGCCAAAAUCGAAUCUGAUAAGUUAAAUGAUCAUAUUGAUUCGCUUUACAAAGUUGUGCAUAUUGGAUCAUUUAAUGUUUCAUUAAACGCGCUCAGUCUUUUGUUUCAAGUCGUUGGUAAGAAUCAAGUGCAGCUGAACAGAUUUUACUCCACUUUUUACAGAAAACUCGUAGAUCCUCAAAUCGGAAUAGCAAAUAAACGAGCCAUCUUUCUGAAUUUAUUAUAUCGUGUUUUGCGAAAUGAUCAUAGCGUAAUUCGCUUGCAGGCUUACAUAAAAAGAAUUUUCCAAGUUACUCUCUACUACCCUGCCAACAUGGCUUGUGCGACACUUUACGUUGUAUCCCAAGUUUUGAAAUCAAGGAAAGAUACCAAACAGAUUCUUGCACGUUUCGAACAUGAAGUUAAAAUUGAAACUGAAACAAUUUUGGAAGAGAAGGAAGAAUCCGACAGUGAUGAGGAAAAUGAAAGGAUAGAAAGGGAAAAGAAAAGACUUGAAGAGGAUAGUAAUAUAGUAUUAUCAAAUGUUACUACAGAUCCUUUUUCUAAACCCGUUUCCAAGAAGGAAGAAGUCAUAGAAAUUAAAGAAGAACCUAAAAUUAAGGAGGAAUUCAAUCCUGAUAAAGAAUACGAUCCGUUUUGUCGAAAUCCACUUGGCUCGGGAGCAAAUAACACUUUCUGUUAUGAGCUUUUUGCACUAUCGAAUCAUUUUCAUCCAAGUGUAGCACUUUUUGCACAAAAUAUAAUGGAAGGAAAAACGAUAGAUUAUACUGGCGAUCCACUGGCAGAUUUGAACUUGAUUCGAUUCUUGGAUCGGUAUGUUUACAAGAACCCAAAGAAAUUGGAAAGCAAAUCUGUGACGAGAAAGGGUGAUCCACUCGCUCAACGUGCUGGUUACGUUCCUCAAGGCGUGCGCGCUGUUCCUGUCGACAGUGAAGCGUAUUUGAAUGAAAGAGAAGACAGAAUUCCAGUAGACGAACUGUUUCUGUAUCAGUUUUUGAAGAGGAGGAAAGAAACGAGAGGAACGGUCGAGGACGAUGACGAUGGUGACAACGAGAGUGUUACAAGUGAAGAUUUCAAUGCUAUGUUGGAUGGUCUCGCCAAAGAUAAAGAUUUAGGAGAUUUUGAUAUCGCCGGUAAUAUUGAUACGUCAAUGGCAAAGAGUAAGAAAACAGGUAAAUCUUCCGAUGAUGAAGACGACGAAGAAGAAGAUGAUGGUGAAAGUAUAGAAGGCGAUCUGGACGAAGAUGAUUUUGAAGAAGGUGACGACUUCGAAGAAGGCUUGGAAGAUGAAGAAAUGGAAGAUUUGAGCGACGUAGAUUUGGAAGGUAUGGACGAUGAUUUAAGUGACAUGGAUUUCAGUGACGAAGGCGACGACGAGGAUACUCUUCGGGAAGAACUCGCGUCAAUAAAGAAAACUGGAAAGUCCAGUAAGAAAAAAUCGAAAGACGAGAAUGUUUUCAUGUCAGCUGAGAAGUUCGCUGAAAUGCUGGAAGAACAGGGAAAUUCAAAAAUUAAACACGGAGGAAGCAAUUCGAUGAGCACAGUCGAUGGAGCCGGUUUCAAACAAUUAAAUUGGGAGAGUAAAAAGAACCAACGAUUUUCUGGUCCUCGUUUCGGCAAAAAAGGGAAAAGGACCAAGAGUUUUAAGAGUAACAAGAAAAGUUCGAAAAGGCAGAAGCGAUAGAAUUAAAAAUAAGUGAAAUAAAAUUGUAAGAUAUUCAAUAAAGGUACUUUUACUUUUUAAA